CCAAUCAACGACUCUUCUAAUUUGGUCUCCUCUCUCUCUCUCUCUCUCUUCCUUCCCCACCCCCCAAAUACGACUGCGUUUUCCCCUUUCGUUUCUUCAUCCUCUCCCAACACCUCCCUGAUUGCACCACAAACAUUUGUUAGGUUUAAACAAAAUUAACAGAAUUCUCCUCCUUCUCUCUGCCUUUUUCCCUGCUAUCCAGCCUCUCUGACCGUAUCCGAUCUCUAAGGUCCCUUUUUCCUCCUUUUCAAAAUCUCUCAAUCCUUUUUUUUUUUUUUUUUUUUUGUGUGUUUCUCUGUACAUAUGGAAUCGCUUUAGCUCGUUUCAAUUUUUCGUUAUUGGCAUCAUCUUCGCAAUUUCGAUUAACUGAAAAUUUUCCCCCUUUUUUAAUUCCAAGCAAAAUUUGCAAAAAGGUUCGUUUAUUUAUACAUAUUUCAGGCGGAUUCGUAUUUCCACAACAUUCAAAUGGGUAGCUGCGUCUCUAAGGGCAAAGGAGACGAUGAUUCCAUCCACAACGUCGAGUUUUCCGGUGGCAAUGUUCAUCUGAUUACAACAAAAGAGAGCUGGGAUGAGAAAUUAGCUGAAGCUGGUCGUGAUGGCAAAAUCGUGGUUGCAAACUUCAGCGCGACAUGGUGUGGUCCUUGUAAGAUUGUGGCACCAUUUUUCAUUGAGCUCUCAGAGAAACACCCUUCCAUCAUGUUCCUUCUUGUAGAUGUUGAUGAACUCAGCGAUUUUAGCUCAUCGUGGGACAUAAAGGCAACUCCAACCUUCUUCUUCCUAAAGAAUGGACAGCAAAUAGGCAAGCUUGUUGGAGCAAACAAACCAGAGCUACAAAAGAAGAUCACUUCUAUCAUUGAUUCUGUGCCUGCAAGUCCUCAACGGUCUUGACUCUUGUACCCUUUUCUUCUGAGGUCUGUUCUUGUGUCUUCUUCAUGGUGAUCAAUGGUUGUGAAAUGCAUAAUGUUUUAUAGGUCACAAAAACUAUUGAGUUAGAGCUUCCUGUUUUAUAUAAUAUGCUGCAUCUUUUCCAUUCUCAUUA